GCACAACAGCCAUGGCCACCGCCGCAAUAUCCCAACUCAGAGCCAUCCUCCCGGAGGACAGGAUAAUAACCCCAGACACCUCAUCGUACGAAACUGCAGUAACAACUCCCUGGUCACAGACCUGCUGGACCCCAGCCGCCUGCUACAUCUACCCAAGCAACACGCACGAACUUGCCAGCGCACUCUCCAUCAUCAAGAAGACAGGCUGCAAGUUCGCGAUCCAGACGACCGGCCAUAAUCCGAAUGUUGGGUUUAGUAGCGCCGACCAGACAGGUGUUGUUCUGAAUCUGCGGAGGUUUAAGUCCAUUGAGAUCGUCCAUGGUUCUGGAUCUGGAUCUUACCUGGAUGGGGCUGUGGCUAGAGUUGGACCUGGGUGUACCUGGGGUGAGGUGUAUGCCUGGCUGGAGGAAAGCAAGUUGUCAGUUAUUGGUGGUCGAGAUCAGCAGGUUGGACUUGGGGGGUUUCUGACCGGAGGUGGCAUGGGCGCCCUUCCUAAUCUGUAUGGACUUGGGGCAGAUGGAGUCAAGAAUUUCGAGAUAUUGCUCGGCGAUGGCAGACUCGUCAACGCAAACUCAAGCGGGAAUACCGACCUCUAUCGCGCUCUCAAAGGCGGCGGUUCCAACUUUGGCAUCGUAACAAGAUUCGACCUGGAAACACACCCUCUGAUACACCUCCAAUACACAAUAAACCUCUACAACCCGGACGGCUACAUCGAGAUAAACAAGGCCACGGUAGCUGUGCAGGAAGCUAUGGAGACGGAUCCCAAACUUGGCCUGUUCACCAAUUUCAACCAGGGCUUUGUCGCCGUGGGUCUGCUCUAUGGGGAUACAUCUAUCGAGCACCCUGCAGCGUUUAAGCCUUUUGAUGAUCUCAGUGUGAUCUCGACGGUCCUGCCUACUACGAAUGGGACAUUGCUGUCUCUAGCACAGGCUAUGGGGCAUGCUCAAGAGCCGAAGAAACGGGCCAUCUGUACAGUCACCACGAGAGUGUCUCAGGAUCUCUACGAAGAGGUCUACCACGUAUGGAAAAAGACCUGCGCCACCCUCCCUGCCGAGUGUGUCCUGCAUUACACGAUCCAGCCAAUGGGCGCAGCAGGUGUGAAGGCAGGAACAGACCGCGGUGGAAAUAUUAUGGGAUUAGAAUGUGUACAUCAGUGCUGGUGGGUAUGCACCUGCGAGUGGCCCAGCAGCAGCGAGGCGGACGCGGACACUGCAGCUCAAAAGGCCGUGGACGGUAUGGCUGAAAAUAUACAGUCCCUAGCCAGGGAAAAGGAUCUUCUGCUUGACUUUUUGUGUAUGAGCUUUGCCACCGGCUCCCAGGGGGUCUUGCGCAGUUACGGCGCAGGGAAUGUGAAGAGGAUGCAGGACGUUGCGGAGAAGUAUGAUCCUGACGGUGUCUUCCAGAAGUUGCAGAAUGGGGGAUUUCUACUGCGGGAGAUUUGA